AUGCCUCUUUAUAAAUAAGAAAAAAUAUAUGAGAUAAAAAAAUAAGGCUUUAAAUAAUUUUUAGAAAAACAAUUCGUUAAAACUUAAAAUUUAAGACCUUAAUAGUAAGUUAAAAAAAAAGAAUCUUAAUUAGAUGAUUAACCUAAAUUAUUAAAUGAAUAUAAAUAACUAGAUUCCUCUUUAAUUUAAAGUGAUUCAGAAAUUUAAAUAAAAGGUGGAUUAAGAAUGAGAAGCCCAGAUGAAACAAUAACAUUUUUGAAAAAUCAUUUUGGAGUAAUAGUUAGAUCACCUUAAAAAUCUAAAUUAAAAAGUAGAAGAGAAUUGGAAUAAGAAGAAAAGUAAAUUGAAAGAGAUAGAAGAAAGAUUUAUAAUGUUAAAGAUAAAUUAGAAGUUUACUAUACUACUUUAGAAGGAACUAAUAGUAUGAAUAAAAGAAGAUUAGAUGAUCAAUAACAAUUAUUAAAUACAUCAUAAAUUUUAGAUUAUUCAAAAUCAAGUGACGUGACUCCAAUGAAUGACAAAGAAGGAAGGAACAGUAUAUUUAAUAGAAACUAAUAUUAUGUCGAUCAUUAUAAUAAUAUAAAGUUAGGAAAUAGUAAUACAAAAGAUAUAAAAAUGAGAAGUACAUUUUAUAAGAAUCACAUAGCAAAUGAUUUAAAUGAAUGA